CUGCUGUAUUCAGCUCACCUUUGUACUUUAACUAAAAAACGUUUACAGCUGUGUGUAGGGUGAGGGAGUUAACAUAUCCUCAGAGUGUAGCACUCCCAGGGACAUCGACAGCAUUGCAGAGGUGUUCCAGAUAUCACAUCACAGAUGCUUCCCACAGUGUUAAUCACCGCACUAGCUCUGUCAGUGUGCGGUGUCUAUGGCGGGAAAGUUCUGGUGUUUCCUAUCGAUGGCAGCGCCUGGGUCAACAUGAAUAUUGUGAUCAAAGAACUCCAUUCCAGGGGACACAACAUCACUGUGUUCAGGUCCUCCGGUAGCUGGUACAUUAAAGAGUCCUCACCACACUACAAUUCAAUCACUGUCGACAUACCGGGGGGGUUUGAUGAGGAGUUUUUGAAGAUGUUAAUUUCUCGUAUACUGGAGAUCCAAGCCAACGGAGAGUCCAGCUGGAAACGCUUAGAGGUAGAGUGGGAGUUCAUAAAAUUGGGUCCACAGAUGACUCAGAUGGAGAUCGACAUGCUGGCUAAACUGCUAGAUGACCAAAAGCUUAUGCAAUCCCUCAGGGACGCGAGGUAUGACUUGGUUCUGGCAGACCCGUUUGCUCCAUCUGGGGCAGUCAUAGCUCAUUACCUGAACUUGCCCUUGGUCUUUAAUGUCCGAUGGACUGCUCACGGCGAGGGACACUUUGCCAUAGCUCCAACGCCACUGUCCUAUGUUCCAACGCCUAUGUUUGAGCUCACAGACAAAAUGAACUUUCUCGAAAGGGUCUCAAAUGUGUUCUUCUUUGCCUUUUAUGAAUUUCAGGCCCAGUUCCUCAUUCGGCCACUGUGGGAUACCUUUACUAACACAUAUUUUGGUCCUGAUGUAGACUAUUUUCAGUUGAUUCAGGGAGCUGAUAUUUGGCUGAUGAGAGUUGAUUUUGUGUUUGAGUACCCACGCCCCACUAUGCCCAAUGUUGUUUACAUGGGUGGGUUCCAGUGUAAGCCAGCAAAGCCCCUUCCUCAGGACCUGGAGGACUUUGUGCAGAGCUCUGGAGAACAUGGAGUUGUCAUCAUGUCUUUGGGAACGUUAGUCAGUGAUCUUCCGAGACGUGUAGUGGAAGAAAUGGCUGCAGCUUUCGCCCAACUGCCACAGAAAGUCAUCAUGAGGUUCACGGGAGAAAAACCAUCGACCCUGGGUAACAACACCUUGCUGGUCGAGUGGCUCCCCCAAAAUGACCUACUUGGCCAUUCAAAGACCAGAGCAUUUGUUGCCCAUGGAGGAACCAAUGGUGUUCAGGAGGCUAUUUAUCAUGGUGUUCCAAUCCUUGGUGUUCCACUGAUGUUUGACCAACCUGACAACCUCUCAAGGAUGCGAGCUAAAGGAGUGGCAAAGGUUAUGGACGUUUUCUCAGUCAACAGAGACACGUUCCUCCAAGCUUUGCAGGAGGUGCUCCAUGAGCCGUCCUACAGGGAGAACAUGCAGAGGCUCUCCAGGCUGCACAGGGACCAGCCAAUGCAGCCCCUGGACCGGGCCAUGUUCUGGAUUGAGUUUGUUAUGAGACACAAAGGUGCUGCUCACCUGCGCACAGAGUCCUACAAGAUGCCCUGGUACUCCUACCACUCUGUGGAUGUGAUACUGUUCUUACUUGCAGUCUUGGCUACUUUCGUGGCUAGUUUUGUUUUUGGAAUUAAGUUUCUGUGCACUAGGAUUUGUUGUAAACGCAAGUCAAAACAAGAAUAACAACUUGUCUUACGUCACUGAUGCAAAAGAAAACAUAAUAGGGGAGUUGUCUGAUUAUGUUGAAUACCAUGUAGAACAAUGUUAAGAUGAACUCUAAUUGUGUAUUAAUUUCAUGAAUGACAAAACACUUGAGGGGUUUUAAGCAUCUACUGAAAUAGAAUGGAGUGAAAUCAGAAUGAUAUUUUUGCUUUCACAGAGGAGGUGAUCUAGAUUGUGAGAUUGUGAUUGUGUCUAAAUUGUGUGAUUUAGAGAGAAUUGUGUUGUGCUUCCAUAGUAAAGUCAUGUAUUUCCUCUUACUUCUCUUGUAACUUCAGUGUUCUUGUGACUUCCAACUGAGUGGCCUGUACAACAGGAUAUUUAAACUGCAUUUUGGCAUUUAUUUUCUCCAUGGCCUCAUCAGUCUUUUGUAUCAGUUGUUGAAUGGACUUUAAUCUACCUCACUUGUAUGUGGAGAAUUUAUGCAACAUGAAUAAAUAAAAUUGUCCAUUUACCUUUGUCCCAGUAUGCCAUAUGAUAUAGUUAUUUAUCUUAUCUCCAGUUGAUAGAUUAAGUACACUUUUGCAGGGUUGCUGGUUCGAUCCCCGACCAGUCCACGGGUGAAGUGCGCUUGAGCAAGGGACCUAUAACCCCUCCCUGCUCCCCGAGCGCUGCUGUUGGACAGGCAGCUCACUGCU